AUGGCAGAAAUGACAAAAGAAGUUAUCGUGGCUUCGUGCAAGGCCAACGGUGGCUACGAAUCCCCGAAACUCAACGAUCAGCUCUUUCUCCAUUGUAAGGGCUUUGUAGAAAUCAAAAAUUUAAAACCAUACACGAACAUAAAGGUGCUUUGGCUAGAGCAAAAUGCGAUCUCGAAUUUGUCUGGCUUGGAACAUCAAAGUGAUUGUCUCAUUUCACUUUUUUUACAGAAUAAUACUAUUCACUCACUCAAAACAUUGGCAGCUGCCCCGCUCCUUAACCUGCGUGUGUUGAACAUUUCACACAACUACAUCGCAUCUCUGAAUGGAAUUGCUGCUGCGUGUCCAUGUUUGGAAACCCUUCAAGUGUCACAUAACCACCUUGCCUCACUUGAGGUUUGUAGUGAUCUCUGGCACAUUUCUCAAACUCUUACAUCAGUUGAUCUUUCCUAUAAUAAAAUCACACAAUUUGAGGCUGUGAGCGAUGGAUCCGUAGUGGAUCCACUCAAGUCUACACUCCUAGACUGUAGAAUUUCUGACAACGAUAUUCAUGUUUCUUGGCAGGGCGACGAACCGACGGGAUUUCCCAAUGACCCUGCGCCGGGUCCAGUGGUGAGACGUGAUAAGGACCCCCUCGCUCUGGUUCAUUUUUUCACCAAGUUGCCCAACGUCAGUGUCAUCUACAUCCACGGCAAUGGGAUCACGCGUGGGCUGAAGAACUACCGUCGCAACAUGGUGCUGCAUCUCCCGGGCCUGACCUACCUGGAUGAGCGGCCGGUCUUCCCCGAGGAGCGUCGUGUGGUGGAGGCAUGGGGCCGCGGCGGCGAUGAGGCCGAGACGGCAGAGAGGGCCGCCAUCCGUGAAGAGAAGCGCGAGCACCUCAAGAGCUGCGUGCGCGUCCUAACCGAUCGCCUGGAGAGUAGUCGGGAGGCGCGCGAUCGGCUCACGCAGGUCUGGGAACGGAAGCGGGAAGAGGAAUUGCGUGCUUUGGAGCAAAGACGUCAGGGCUAUCGAGACGCCUGCAAGUCGAUAGAGACAGCAGAGCGCUCCACUCGUGACGCUGUGGAGAGGGAUGAACAGGACGCGCGGUGGGACUUUGAAGCGUUGUUUGAAAAGGCGCACAAAUCAGUCAUCGAAUCCGAAAAGGAGAAAUUGCGUGCCUACCAACAAGCGGAGGCAAUCCGAAAGGUUACGGCUGACGCCGCGCGUGAGCUUGCUGAAGAAGAAGCGGCCGAGGCUCAGAUUUGCCUCAAAGAUAGUGGUCAUAAUCUUGACGAUAUCGUCACAUCGUCGUCGUCUUCCUUCCCUUCUGAUCCACUAACGAUGUUUCUUCAUUCCGACGACGAUAUCUUGAAGGAGAUGGAGGAUAAUAUUCAGCAUGUCCUAUACGAUGUGGAGCUUUCAGUGCGUAGUUAUGGUAAUCCAACGCUCCCCAAAGAAGCUUCGAAACGGCUACCUCCGAAGACAACUAUGCCUGAGGAUCCAAAUCAGAAGGAUGAUAGCUUUGACUACUGCAGCGCUACUGAGGCCAUUAUUACAGCAUCUUACCAAUAUCAUGAUCGGGCUACCGAAAAGGCUGAGCGGGCUACACACGACGCCGUAAAACGAUUCGGCACUACACUCUCCCAAGGGCGACGGGAAGAUGUAUGGAAGCAGUUUCAGCAAUGGGAAAAGCAUUCACAACGCACCUGA